UAAUAGGAUGAAUGGAAGAAGUAACAGGAUGAAUGAUAAUAAUAGCGGAUCUGGUAGAGGCAGGGAUGGAAUGAUGAAUAACUACAGAAGAAAUGAACAGAUAAGUGGACGGGAUGAUUUUUUACAGACCGAAGACAUGAACUCAGACUCAAAUGGAAUGCAACAUUUCAAUUACUAUCCAUCAACUCAAUCUUCUAGAAGAUACAAACGCGAAAAGCGAGUAGAAAUUAAUUCCGGACAGAGAAGUCAAUAUAAUCCACAUUCCAAAAAAAGUAAUAAUUACGACAUGAACUAUAGCAAAACGAAUUCAAGUGACAAUUCCAGUAAAGAAAUGGAGAAAGCUUGUAUUUUUCACUGUUUAUUGGAAAACCUACAUAUGACAGACGAUAGAGGAAUGCCAGAUAGAUAUCUAGUGACACAUGCGUUCAUAAAGGACGAGAAAAAUGAAGAUUUGCAGGAUUUUAUUCAAGAAACAAUAGAGGAAUGUUUUGAAAUAUUGGAUAAUGAAAAUACAGAAGACAAAUGUAAGUUUUCAAAGGAUUUAUUGACCUGCUUAACAGAAAAGGGGAGGGCUAACUGUGACAAUUGGAGUGAAAAAACAAGUUAUCUCUUCGAAUAAUCCUAAAUCAUACUAAUUAAGUAUCAUAUAAUGUACCUCAAUGAAUAAUUCUUAAUAAAAAGAAAAUUGCUUUUAAAAUGUAUACCUCAA